UAACUGCAGUGUAUACUCAUUACCCUGCACAAUCGCGUACUUGUUAAUUAUGCCUGGUACUUAAUUACCCCGAACUACUGUAUGCACAGCAGAAAUUCUUUUCCUGCAUAUAUAAUCGAAUUUUGACGUGUCUCUCGUCGGCUUCUCUUAUUCAUUUUCAUAAGAUCAUUUGUUUGCCGCUUAAUCGAGUAUAGAAAGCCAGGACGAACGAUGAGAGCCAUCUCCAUCGUUGUCGUUGUCCUCUCCGUGUGGAGAGUACACGGGCAGACGACCGCGUAUUAUGCUGCGACAAAUCAGAUGACACCAUCCGGAUCCGGCCAGCAAACAACAACCACCUCUUCCGGUGGCGGUGGCGGAUCAACGACAACCCAAGCAUCAACCAACCAAUCCACGACAUGCGUUCCCAAGCUGCCACCGGUUGGAUAUGCCUUUGAUACUCCAGCCCAAAACGGCAUCUGGUACCAGUACAUGUAUGGACCGCCCGGUCCCAACCUGCACGAUCUGAUCAACUGUAUGGAGCUGGACCGCGGGAUUGGCUGGGUGUACGAUUCCAACAAUGGUGCCUACAUGCAGGCCACCGCCGCCUUGUGCCGUUUUGAUGCCGCCCCGCACGACUGCUGGGGCGGUUACGUUAUGCAGAACACCACCUGCGACGGAUACUGUUACGGUUUAACCCGGCUCAGCGCCAAUCUGGGCGCCGGUGAUGGAUUAUCCAAGCACUGGUUUUACAAGCUGUACUUGGAGCCGAAUUUCUUCUAUCUGCGUGCCGGCUGUUUUGACCCCGAGGACUUCCUAAGUCCCGGCAGUACCUGCAAGCAGCCAGGUAUGUCGGUGUGGACGCGCAAGAAGCCAAAGGACAUCACCCCGCUGGAGGACGCCAUCAUCCGUGACGCCAUCGAUGACCGCUUCCAGUUUAUGUGCGUGACAUCCAAGGACAUGGUCUACAAUACAUGGAUGUACGAUCUGCCGGACUGUGAUUUCCCGGGACGGCCGCAGAAGUAUCUGGAUGAUCAGCGCUGGGCCGAAGAGAAUCUCGUCACCAAAUGUGCCAGCAAGCAGGGCAGCUCCUGCGCUCCGGCUUCGUUCUAUUGAGUCAAAUUUCGCGCUUGCACCCUUUCUACGUCUGCAGCUACGCUAUGCGCAGCUUAAAUGCAUUUACAUCGAUAGUUUGCGUGGUCGCUUCCUUUCCUCUUGUAAAUAGAUUAAUGGCCGUAAAACAUUGUAAUAAAAUUAUAGUAAUAAAACAUUGUAAUAAAAUGGCAUUACUG